AUGACAGGAGAUAGUCCCAAAUCUCAAAUUUCGGUUGAGGUAGACGAGUUCAAUUUUGAUGGAGAUGUUGUUUGUUAUCAUGGUUGGAGAGCCAGUAGACGUAUUUUUGUUGGUGGAGAUGGCGCACCGAAGAGAUUCUUCCGUUGUCCAUUGUACGAGAAUGAGGAUGACAAGGUAUGUAGUUACAUGGAAUGCAUCGAGUUAGCCACCCUAGAAGAGGUGUUUUAUGAUUCUCUCGAGUUAUCUGAAACUGAGUCAGGGUCGAAGGAGGACAAUAACACCGAGGAACCCAUCCGGAAAUGA